GCGGCAGCGACGCGCUGGGGGAAAGAUGGAAGACUACCAAGCUUCGGAGGAGACUGCUUUUGUUGUUGAUGAAGUGAGCAACAUUGUGAAAGAGGCUAUAGAAAGUGAGGUCGGGGGUAACGCAUACCAGCACAGCAAGGUCAAUCAGUGGACCACAAAUGUAGUAGAACAAACCUUAAGCCAACUCACCAAGCUGGGGAAACCAUUCAAAUACAUUGUGACCUGUGUAAUUAUACAGAAGAAUGGGGCCGGACUUCACACAGCAAGCUCCUGCUUCUGGGACAGCUCUACUGACGGGAGCUGCACCGUGCGAUGGGAGAACAAGACCAUGUACUGCAUCGUCAGCACCUUUGGACUUUCCAUCUGACCUUCUUGUUCAGCCUGUGACCUUUCUCCUUUGUCUCAACACUUGUAUCCAUCUUCUAACCACCAACCACGAAUUCAAACACCCUUCUUGUUUUCUUUAAGCGUGUUUUGUGGCACUCUCAAAAUGUUGAGAAAAGGAACCAAAUGGCUGCACUGUUGUGUAACUGUACACCAUAGUCAUACAAGAGUUUGCUGUAGGUAGUCUGAAGCCUGUGUGGCCACUUGUCUUAACUCUGAAUAUUUCUUUUCAAAGGUGCUAAAAAUUACAAUCUGCUAAUGUGAAACUUGCUUUACUCCCUGAACUGAUUCAAACACACUUACUUUAUACUUUUGUUAGAAUAAAUUAUUCAAAUUUAAAAAAAAAAA